AUGUUCUACGUAUACAGCAUCAUUGGAGUCCUCUGGCUAUCAAUUCUUUCGUACAUUUUGUAUCGACUUCUUACUGGCUGGAUUCUGCCACCGUCGCAUUUCCCGAAAAAUAUACCUACCAUACCUUUUUACUACACUCUCAUACCACUUUUCAAGGAUGUCGACCAAGAGCACAUGUGGCAUAUAUACCUCAGAAAGCCACUGACAGAAUUUGGCGCGGUCAAGAUUUACUUUGGCGGUGCGUGGAAUGUGCUCAUCACACGACCGGAAUAUAUAAACCAAGUCUUCAAGCAAGACGAGGUUUUCCCUAAAGCCGGGAAUCAUGUAAAGAACCCGCAUUCUAUUCUAGCUCUCUACACUGGCGAAAAUGUUAUCAGUGCCAUUAACGAUCAGUGGAGAAGCUUUGCGGCCAUUGUCAAGCCAGGACUCCAAGCUGAUGUGGAUACAUCAGUUGUUGUGAAGAAUGCAGAUAAACUCAUCGAGAUCCUGCUCAGAGAGCAAGAUUCGAAAGAUGCUGUGGUCAUGCCCAAGCCUCUACAAGAUUAUGCACUCGCCAAUCUCAGUGAAGCACUCCUCGGCGCAAGCUUCGGUACACUCGACGAUCCGAAUGCGCCAUUGUCGCAGAUGCAAUUGCAGAUCAAGCCAAAGAUCUUCAAUCCUUUCUAUCUCAACUUUCCGCUGUUGGAUCACUUCAAACUCGCAAGUCGAGAAGAAGCACGCCGACUUGUCAACAAAUUCAAGAAAGAGUUGUGUGAGAAAGUCCUUUCUGGACAUCAGCAUAAACACGAGAAGGGCAUGGAAUCGAACCAUCUCGGGUGCCGACUUGUCACUGCGUAUGAACAAGGACUUAUGUAA